ACAAAUGUGAACUCCUGGAUCAUUAUAGCAGUCUUACUGUGAAGUCACAGACAGUCCCCUUAUGCUCUCCAGUCUAUCUUGCUACCAAGGCAAGCUGGAUUUAGUGAUUAAGUGGUCACUCUCACCAAAAAUCACACAAUAUUCAGGUUGCUUCCAGUCCCCAAGAGACCAGUCACUUACCUUAGAUCAGUUGGUACCCUAAUUCUUACACCAAAGACACUGCCUGUAGCCAAUCCUGUCAUAAACUAUCUACAGGUUUAUUAUCUAGGAAAAAGACUUAAGUUAUUUACAGGUUAAAGCAAGCUAAUAUGCGCACUAAUGAGUUGCAGUUUAAAACCUAGGAGUGACAGAGUUGUAGUGAUCUGUCCAUUCAAAAUGUCUUUCAGUGCAAACCCAAGGAUAACCCUGGGGGUUCUCUUACUUCAGUUUAAAUUUUCUGGCCCUGUGAGAGUUCAAACAGCAAAGAGAUGAAAAAUUCUCCUGUGACCCUGUUUUAUCUUUUACAGUUAGGCCUAAACGACAGAGUUAGGCUGAUUUACGUCGACAUAACUAUGUUAGUGUCUACACUAAAAUUUUGCUCCUGCUGAUGUAACUUGCCCGCUAUGCCAACUUAACUCCACCUCCACAAGUGGCGUAAAGUUUAGAUUGACAUCGACUAUUAGUGGCCUCCAGGAGGUGUCCCACCUUGACCACUCUUGUCACCGUUUUGAACUCUGCUGCCCAGUGGCCAGGUACACAGGAAGCUGCCUCUCCUCUUUAAAGACGUGUGAAUUUUUGAAAUGGCAUUUCAUGUUUGCUCAGCUUGGAGAGCUCACAUAGCAGUUCUCAAGCAAACCUGGCAACUUCCCAGCUGACCAUGCCGGUUCCACACUGCAGAUGCACUCCUGUCUGGAGUACACAAGAGGUGUUUGAUCUCCUGAAUCUGUGGGGAGAAGAGGCUGUGCAGACACAGCUCCAAUCCCGCCAGCAGAUCGCUCAGAUCAUGGCGGAGGAGGAGGGCUAUAAGAGGGAGCAGCAGCAGUGCCGCAUGAAAGCCAAGGAGAUGCAGCUGGCAAACCAGAAGGCAAGGGAGGUUAAUAAUUGCUCUGGUGCGGAGUCAUAGACCUGCUGCUUUUACACAGAGCUGCAUACCAUCCUCGGACAACACCCCUCUCCCCCCACAAAGAGUCCCAUGGAUAGUUAGGAAGCGUUACAGGCCUCCACUGUGAACAGCAAAGAACAAGAGGAAUAUCAGGAACAGGGGACUGACAAAUCCAGCUGUGCAGCAAGCCAGGACAUGUUUUUGAGUCCUGUGCAGUCCAGCCAGUCCUUACAGCCCAGGACAGGCGAGCAUGAUGCAGGGAAAGGAACCUUUGCUGGAAAUGUGGCCUUGAGGCUCUUUUCAUCCACACCAGUGGAGCGGCUCAGCCAGAUAGGGAGGAGAACGAAGAGGACAUGGGAUGACAUGUUCCAAGAGAUCCUGCAAGCCUCUGCUGCUUUGGAUACUGAGCACUGGUCUUGGAGAAUCACCCCCGCAGGCAGCAUGAGCAGGGAUAGAGCGGAGAGGAGAAAGAAGUGAGAAAUGGACAGGGAAGUGCAGCAGCAAACAGGCAUGCUGCAGACUCUUGUUGACUUUCAGGUUCAACAGUACCAUGCUCACCUUCCUCUGCAGCCCAUAGAAAACCAUAUUCUGGGACCUCCCUACACACACACACAUUCCACGUAGCAUCCGGGGCUGCUGCACUAUCCCUACCACUCUACGCCGGGGGAGCGUACAGGCAGUCACAGCUGCACAUGCACUGACCUGUGAAAAAGACAGUUGGCAUAUGUGUUUCUGAAAUGGAAAUGACUGUUCUUUCCCCUUCAAAUGUUCUUUUCCCUUUACUUAUUACGUUUUAUUUAGUUAUAAUGUGUCUGUUUGCAUGGGCAUGGUAUAAAACUCUAUUUAUGGAAACGUAAUUCAUCUUUUAGUUCACAACAUAUGCUGGCUGGGGUGCUAGUAACAGGUGAAUUUGUAAUGGUAUAUUACUACACACACAGCACUCAUUACAAGAUUCAUAUGGGGUUGCAAAAGAGCAGUGCCAGGUAGAGCACACUACAGCAACACACAUGGUUUUUCAAAGCCUCUCUGAGCCAAACAGCUUUGCGUAGAGCUGCUCUUAUAGCCCUGGUACCUGGCACUGCUCAAAAUCAGCAGAUAGCUGUUCCAUGUCUGCCCUCCACCCCAGCAGAAACUUUUCCCCCUUUGCUUCACAGAUGUUAUGCAGGACACAGCAGGCACCUAUAACCAGUGGGAUAUUUUUGUCACUGAAGUCCAAUCUCGUUUCUUCACCAGUUGAGCGUAAAGAAGACAAUUCAAGAAACAGCAGUGUAGAGGAAAACAAAGAUGAUGAUAGUGAGAAGCAUGAAGUGAAGAAAAUGAGAACAUCUCCACAGACUUCUGAGCGGGAAAUUAACUGCAUUUUCCAGCAGAAGAUACAAAAUGCUAAUGAGUGUCCAGCAAAUUCUACCAAUCUAGAAAAUACUGAAGAGAAAGUUAUAGAUCCUCGGAUUCAAGUAGCGAUAAAGAAGAUGAAUAAAUUGGACAAUAUACUGGCAAAGAAACAAUCUAGAGAAAGAGAAAUUAAAAAACAAGGCAGAGAAGUGAGGGCUAAACUUUGGGAAGAACUUCAGUCUGUAACCUCACUAAGUGCUUCAGGAACUCAAGAGGAGAUAGAAAAUACAAACAAAUUUUUAGCUUUGACCUCCUCAUUGCAGAUAGUUGAUCCUUCCCAUUCUGAAGAAGAUGAAAUAUUUAUUUCAGUAUUUCACACACAAAUUAAUUCAGAAGAUUACGACUGCAAUGAAAAACAAGCUGUACAGGACCAUCUAAAUGAAAUCAAAACAAGCGGCUCACUGAAAAUAACAGGAAAAACAGACCAAAAAAGUGACACCAGAAGUAAAAAUACUCAAGAUUUUAUUAAAAAGAACAUUGAGCUGGCAAAGGAUUCAGGGAGCCAACUGGUUAUGCUAACGGAAGAGAAGAAAAGAUUGGUUGAACUGUUGAAAGAUAUAGAAGACAAUGGCAGUGAACUUCAAGGCAUUGAGGAAGAUGUAACUGGUUGGCUAAUACCAGGAGAAGGGUACACACCCGAACCAAUGGAAUAUCAUCACCUAAAUGAAAUAGAUGCUAAACUCCAAGUAGUACUCUCUAAUGGUGAUUUCUGUGCAAGUCACAGCUCCUGCUCAAAAGUCCCAAGCCAAAUUUAUCAGGAAUCUCUGGCUUAUGCAAAUAGAAGUCUGGAAGCAGUUCCAGGUGAGAAGGUCCUGCAAGACGCACGUGAGCAACGUGAGCAACAAAACCGACUUAAAGAGAUUAAUCAACAGCUGAAAAAUCUGGAUGGAAAUCUUAACUUUCUCCAGUUCGUCCACAUCUUUCCUGAAGUGUGGUGCACGGAACUGGAUGUUGUAUUCCAGCCUGAAGAAGUACCUUGUCUCUCUGAAGGGCAGCUUGUGACUCUUCUGGAAGAAUGUAUGCAGUUUCCAAGAACAACAAGCAAUGUUACCAUGCCAGAAUUACAGGAAUCUCUUUCUGAUGGAAUAAGUCCCUUUUGUUACACAACUCAAGACUCCACCCUGCUCUCCAGGUCUACUCUUUCCAAACUGUUAGAUGAAGCCCAUAGCGUGGGGAUGUUAUCAGCUCAGGAGGGGGCUGGUAUCGAAGAUAAAAGUAUAUGUGAAAGUGCAGAGAGUGAAACCUGUGGCUACUAUCUCAGUAAAGCAUUGGCCAUUAGUCAUUUAUCAAAGGAUUCUGUGGCCCAAAUAGAAGAACCUGAUGACCUAGAAAGUUCACAGGAGAUGGAGAAUAAGAGUAAUACUGAAGGUUACUUUAUGUCAAGAGCACUCAGCGCAAAAAGAUUGAAAAAACCCUCUUUCUUGGAUGAACCAUUUUAUUGCAUCAGCAUGAACAAUGAACUAUCCACAGAGGCUGACAUUCCCAGCAUACCAUUGCAGACCAGAGGAGAUGAUCUGAAGAUUGAAGAUGUGACAGCAGAGUAAUAUACAUACUCCAAUUUAGUCAUUUUAAUAAAACAUUGGUAAACUACA